AUGUCGAAUCAAAAGCGCAAAGCGCGGUACGAGAUCGACGAACACGAGGAUAAGAGGUACCGUCAGACACAGCCGAACGCGUAUCGCCAGAACCACGCUGGCAAGCACGCGAACAACCGCGGUGGUAAACCAUUUGCGCAUCCUCAACCGCACACUCAGGCGCAGAUUCAGCAACAGCUCAGCCAGGUAGACCAAAACCGGAUCGCGCAAUCAUGGCAGCAGAUGCAGCAGAUGCAGCAGAUGUUCAACUUCCUCGCGCAAAAUGGACAGCUGCCAUUUCUACAACAGCAGGAGCCGCAGGUCGAUGGUGGAGUGGCGCAACAACACACUCCGCCACCCCCAGAUCGCAAGUCGGAAUUUUUCGCCCCAUAUAGCGAUUUCACCAUCCCAAUCCUAUGGUCGACCAAGAUUGAUCACAGUUUCAGCCCGAAUCUUCAGCAGGACCAGUGGGACUCAACCGCCUGGACGAACUACUACAGCGCAAUUACAAUGCUCAAAGCCGGCAUCACGCGUCAACAAUUUGGACUUCCUGAAGCAAAAGAAGGCCAUGGCGGGUCUGUUACUAUCGACUAUGCUGACCUAUACCUCGAUCUCAGCGAUGGUAAAGUCUACGUUGCCGCAUCCGAGCGCGGCUUGAUGACCGUGCCGGACUACCUCAAGCUCUGCGGCAUCGCAUGGGAGCGCAAGCUGCGUUUUACUGGCAAGGCUCCCGAGUGGGCCAAGGCAGUUUUCGACGCUGCCGAGAAGCGAUAUGUCACCGAAGAGUUUAAGGAGCUGCCCUUGCCCGUACGUAGCGAGGUGCUGGUAUUGAUGAAGUUUCCGGUCUCCGCUCCACGAACGCCUGCUGGCACCUGGGGUUGUGUGUACUCCGCGCAUCUCAAGAAGGUGGUCCAGUUUCCAUUGGUGUACACCUCGGACCGGGAGUUAGCAUUGGUAAAGGAGAGUCCAGGUCCGCUUUCUGCUGCUGAGGUGAAACAUGUGUUCGCUUUUCCAGAGAAGAACCCUAGCCCUCAGGAGCUUGGUGAGGCUCUUUUCAAGCAAGCCGAAGAGUGCGAGUCGGGCAAUCUUGACUUGCAGAUGACCAAGAGCCGCGAUGACUACCUCCAAGAAUGCGGUCAUCUGUAUGGCAAGUACUCACUAGCUAAUACACAGGAAGAGAAGGGUAUCUUCUUCAACCCGCCUAAUGUUCCAUACGACGAGGAUCCAAACGACUUCACCGUAUACGAGGGCAGGAAGGGAAAGAAGGAGACAUUUUUCGUGGACUGGAGUCGAGUUCGGCGGAACACCACGUUCACUAUGAACGGCAUAUACUUCAGGCCUAUCGAUACAUCCAAGAUCGAAGAGGACCCAGAAUUGAGCGCAAACCCUCAAGACAAGUUCCAACGUGCCACCUUGAAGCACAACAUCGCGAUCUCGAAGCCGGUUGAUCCUCCCAAUGAGAAGGACACCUCAUUGACCACGCAUUCGGAAGUAGUUGAAGUCGGCAACGAUGGCCAGAUCAUCGAGAAGCGUGCCGAUGAAACUUCGCGGUCAAAAGAAAGUGGAAUGCAGGAAGUCCAGGCUCCGGACUCAAGUUCGUUCAGUCCGUCCGCCAACCUAACACAAAACAGUGUCGAUGCGACAUCAAAGGCAAUCGACCAUGGCAGCGACUCCAAGGCCAGUGGGGAACACCGAGCGCGCAGAAUGCAAGAGUUGCGGCAGAUGUUGGAUACCAAGCGCGCUGAGAAAUCACUCCAGAAAUCGAGCGCGAGUACCCAGGACUACGUCGCCGAUGCGGCCCCCGAGGGCAACAAUGCGAGUUCCACGAUCAUCGAAGCCUCCACGAACGAGGUCCAGCAGCCACGCGAGGACUUUACUGAGAGCUCCAUCGAAGAUACCGAGCGCGCUAAGGCGAUUAUAUUCGCCGACAUUAUCGACAACUUCAACAAGGUCAUUCAGGAGGCAGAAACGGAAGAAAUCCCCUUUGACAUCCAUGCCUCAUCAUCGCGGAAGCGUAAGCGUUCGGAUAGCCCAGCGCCACCUAUCAAACGGGUCAAGACCUUAAAUAACGGAGCAUCUACCGAGACCAGCGCGACAUCGCCGACCAUCGCCCUUCCCGAGGGCGGUGCUGUGGAAGACCUAAAGACAAUUGCCGAAGACAACGACGAAGUAUACGACGACUCAGCUAUCGACCUCAGCGUCGAUCUAACAGCAGACACCGCUGACGAGAACACACUGGAGCCGCUGACGACUCCGGCUAGCUAUAACGAUGUUUCUGUGAAGAGUGCUCCGGUAGAGGACGUUUGCGAAGGGGACAGCGCAGACAUCGACGACUCUAGUAUCGAUCUCGCCGGCGACACUUCGGACAAGGACGAACCAUCUCUUGCACCGCUCGAGGCUCAGCCGCAGCCUGCUACUGGACCCGAUAGAGCACAAGACCCGAUCGACGAGGAGGAAGAACAGUUGUAA